AAAAUUUUUGAAAACAAAAAAAUCAGUUCAAAAAAAAAAAAAAAUUAAUCAAACAACGAUUGACUUUCGAAAUGAAUCUUGUAUGAAAAAUGAAGGCAGAAAUUGCGAAUUGCAUUUUAGCUUUGGUUUAUUGCAAUUUGGUAUUUGCUGCUCAAUAUAAAUAUGAACUGGUAAAAACAAAUUCAUUUACAACUAAUACUUCGUAUAAUAUGCGAACAUAUCCCUUUAAAUUACAAAAUCAACUCUUUUAUAAAAGCAACGUGACAUUAAAUGAAAACGAUGUAUGGUUAUUCAAUUUAGCAGAAGAAGUUAACGUUGUUAAUGUUACUUUGGCUGUCAAAGAUAGUAAUUACAAUUUUGAUUUGAUAUUAAGUUCUGGCAUAGGUGCACAUUGUUUAUCCUCAUAUAAAAAGGAUAUCUGUUUUGAAACAAAAUAUCAAAGUAAUAAAUACUAUGAAAUAAAUGUUGGAUUCAAUAGUACUAUUACAAAAUAUAUUAAGUUGUCAGCUGAAGUUAAUCAGAUGCUUCUUUACUUCAUUGUAUACACCGAAGAAUUAAAAAAACCUUCAUAUUUUAAUCCCCCAGCUUCAAGCAUGUAUUCAAUUUAUGAGGCAUCAUUCUUCUCCAACAAUUUAAAUGUUAACUUCAACACUGUUCCUCAAAUAUUAAAUCUUACUACUACCAACAUUCAACCUAUAAAUUCAUUCAAUACAGAAUUUGAUGGAUUUCAAGUUGCAUGGUUUACAAUAAAAUUAAGUAAAGUUCAAUUAGUUCAUCAAUUUAUUGUUAUGUCAAGCAACGAAAAUGAUUUCAAUUUCAUCAAAGGAAUAUCUUUAUCUUUUCGAAUAAAUGAAACCAGAAAUUUUAUUAUAUACAAAGAAAAUGAUGAAAUGAGGGUUUUUGCAAGUAAUUAUAUCAGUUCAAAGUGGUUUUGCUAUACUUUGACAAAUCCCUUUAUGGCAUCAGAAAUUAGAAUAAAUAUUGAUUCAGGAGAUUCACUUAUGAAUUUUAAAAUGGAUUUCAGAUUUAUUGAAUCUAUUGAAUACCAAUAUAAAAAGCCAACCAUUGAAUCAUUAAUAUUUUCAAAAAAUGAUUCUUUGAUAAUGAACUUCAAUGCAUCAAAUUUAAUUACUGGGCUAAUGUUUGAUACUAUUGAUCAAUUAUUGGAGUUUUGUAUCUAUUAUGAAGUAAAUGGUGAAUACUUACCAUACAAAGAUAACAAGCUGUUUAAUGAUAUUAUUGUUUUUUCAAUUUCAUCAGAAAUAUAUUUAUAUCCUUUUCGAACAUCAUCACUUAAACUUUCAUGCCUAAAGUGGAAUACAGUUAGUGAAAGCAACGUUACUAUUGCUGUAAAAGGAACUUCUUAUCUUACUGCUGAUUAUUCUUGGUCAAUAGAAAACAUGAAUGCAAUAAAUAAUUUUGUCCAAUAUACAAGUGUAGUUGGGACUGAAAUUCUUUUUGGUGAUUCAGUUAAAAUGCAGAAAAGUAAUUCUUUAAAUAGACUUAUGAGCAAUCAUUUUGGACCAAGUUGCUACACUCAACCAGAUUUAUGUGAUACUGGAUUUACUGUUCAGCUCAAUGUAAAAGUUCCAUUUUCAUCUCAUGAUGUUGAACUCAAUUUUCGACCAACAAAUGCUUUUUAUAUAGACAGCAACAAUAACAUUUUUGAGCCUGAACUAAUACAUUUUGGACAAUCUUAUACAACUUUCUUCUCAUUUAACAAUGUCAAUCUGCCAUCAAAUGCAGCAGUUUCACGUUUUCAGUUUUUCAUUGGAUCAUAUCAAGGGUCUGGACCAAAUCCCGAAGACUUUUUAGCACAAGCCUAUUUGUUAGUGUCUCAACAUGAAACAUUUGAGUAUUAUUUCACAACCCAGUUAUUUACAAAUACAGCUUUAUAUCUCUCAAAUGAAGAUAAUAUAACCUUUCUGUUUAAUGGAUCUAAUGCAAAAAGCUAUAACAGUCUUGAUUUGUUAAAUCUCUAUAACAUAGUUUCAAAUAAAUAUUUUGGAUUGGUAAAACAUAUAGGUAUUGUCAUAAUACCUAACAAUCAAGUAGAUGGUAACAAUUUUGACUUCAAUAGAAAUGGAUUUAAAUUAGUUAUAUCAUAUAGAACAAAAGUAAUUGGAAAUGCAGAUUUAUCAUCGCAUGUGACAACAGUAAACUCCAUUGUAUAUAGACUUGAUGACAGUUAUUAUAUUACUAAAAUACAGUUUCAAAAUAAAGAGUCAAUAAAAGAAACCUAUGCACUUUUUUCUUAUGAUUUCAGUGGAUAUCACUUUUUUGCUGAGUUUGAAAAAGUAAGUGGAGAUAACAGUAUCAUUGUCGUAAAUAGUUUUAUUAAAACACAAAUGUUAAAGUUUGAUGCUAGUUAUUUAAUUAAUCCUGUUGAUGUCAAAUUUUGGGGUCGUAAAGACCAAAAUCAAUUAAACCCUAUAUAUACUGCUACUGCUUUUUACACAUGGAUAUUUUUGUAUGUUGUAAAUUUUGAUGGAGAAGGUGGUUUGUUAAUAGGACAAUGGAAUGGUUAUCCAUCAACGUCCUUAUUUACAUAUGAAGUUAACUUGCCUUUGGAUGUAAUUGUUACAAACUUGAAUUUUAAAAUUAAUAAUCAGUAUUAUUGUGAAAAUGUUGGAAGUGGAUUUAAUGUGCGUGUCUAUUUGCUAAUGUCUCAAGUAAAAACAUUUAAUAAUAUGUUUAUAGAUCUGAAAAAUAUGCUAUAUAAGUAUUCAAAAUGGUAUCUUUCAAAUGAGCAAUAUGUCAUUUAUAAUUUAUCUCCUAGUGAUAACAGUAUUGAUUUGUUGAGCCUCUAUAAUAGUGUUUUAAAUAAAUAUUCUGGGACGAUCACAUAUAUUGGUUUUGUUGUGAUGCCUGAUAAUGUAUUAAGUCAAAAUAUGUUCUAUUGCAAAUUCCGCAAAAGUAAUAUUCAGUUAGAAAUGCUAUGGACCGGAAAAGAUCAACUUCAGUUAUUCAAUUUGAAUUCUGCUAUGACUUUUAAUACAGCUAUAAAUAUGAUACCAUUUGGCACGAGUUUAGAAGAUUCUAUUGUUUUUGGGCAAAGUCUAGAUCGUCCAAUAACAGCCACGUUUAUGUAUAAAGCUAAUUUACCUUUAGAAAUUACAAGUUUGAAUUUUUUGAUCAGUAGUACUUAUAACUAUUAUGAUAAUGGCAAUGAAUUUAAAAUGCGUGCUUAUUUGCUUGUGUCAAAAGAUGAAUCAUUCAAUAAUAUAUUUAUUGAUCUAAAUAAUAUGUUGUAUAAUUACUCAAAAUUAUAUCUUUCAGAUAAACAUUUUGUGAAUUUUAUUAUGAAUCCUGGAUACAACAGCAUUGAUUUAUUUAAUCUCUUUAAUAAUGCAUUAAAUAAUUAUUCUGACCCAGUUAAUUAUAUUGGUAUAAUUGUGAUGCCUGAAAAUGGAGAAAAAUAUAACACCUAUUGUAAUGCCAAAAAAGAUCAAGUUAAAUUAGUCAUAACAUAUAAAGGAAUAGAAACAUCGAUAACAUAUGUUCCAACAUUAAAGUCAAGAAUAUUUACUUUUGAUGACAAAUAUUAUAUUACUGGAAUAGAGAUGAAAAAUAAUGAUAUAGUAAAAGAAACAUUUGUUUUAUCUGCUUUAUCUUCUGAUGCUUUUAUUCAAGAUCAAUAUGUAUAUGUUAACGAUUUUGAACUAGAGGGAGGAGAAUUUCAAUACAUUACAUUAAAUGGUAUUACCAUGGCAGGUGUUUUGAAUGUGACUUAUUUAAAUAAUGCACCUGAUGUUCAAUUUUAUGGAAGUAAAUAUAUUGGUAUGACUUCAUCAAUUAUUUCUGCUGGGCUUGGGGGUUAUGAAAACAAAGCUCAAGGAAACGGUUUUCAAAUUCAAUUAAACAGUGAUAAUAACAUUGUAGCUACAGUCGUUACAAAAGACAGUAUGUAUGUAGCAAACAUGGAGAAUCCAAUUGCAGUUCCUUAUACUCUGACGAUUGUAUGGUAUAAACAAAAUGAUACAUUGUUUUUGUAUCACAAUGAUGAUUUAAUUAGUGUGGGAAACCAUUCGAGUGUUUCUUCACGCCCUUGUUUGUAUAAUGAGUAUCUUCUUUUGUAUGCUGAUUAUUACAACUACUCAAAUCUUAAUGGAGCACUAUCUGGUAUUAGGAUGUGGUCCAUUCCUUUAUCAUCUAAUGAGAUAUCUCAUUUAUUUAAUGAAACAGUUUCAGACUGGAAUAAUUUGGAUGCAAACCCUCCAUCAGGAUUUAAAUUUGGUUCAGAUUGCUAUUGUAAAAAUUUGGUUUGUCCAUGUGAAAUGCUUGAACUGUCAAGUACUGUUGAAUACUCUAGCAGGCUAUCAGAUGUUUUUUUAAUGAAUGAUGAUGACUAUUAUGAUGAAGAAAUAAAUGUGUAUGUUUUUAAUAACUUAGCUGCAUACUUUGAUAAUAUAAUGUUGAACUUUCAAGAGAUAUGGCUUCAAAAAGUAUUUAUAGAAGGCAGUUUAGUUUCAAGUAAAAGUGAUUCAUGUUCCAGUAUAACAAUGCAACUUGAAAACAAUGCAGAGAUAGUUGAAACUAAAUGGUGUGACUCCGUAAAUUCAAAUGAGCUUUUUUCUAGUCCUGAUUUAACACUGUUGCUUAGUCACCUGCUUAAAGUUGUAAAUUAUGCUAAACCAUUGACAAUCAUAGUUAGGUUUAAUGGUGUUGUUUUGCAACCAGGAUGUGUUUUAGUAAUUACAUACUUGUUGCCUAAACCCUUUACUUUCAUACAUGCAAGUGCAAUUCAAAGUGAUUCUCGAGAUUUGUUGGAAUCAAUUUCUUUACCUGUUACUAGUUCAUGUUUGUCAUUUCAGUUUAAGUUUGGUGGAACAGGAUUUGUGAGUCUUGUUGUAUUAGGUUACACUAAUCAAAUUACAAAAGAAUUAGCUUUUUUCUAUCGACGAGAGGGUCUCAACCAAUGGGUUACCAGUUUUAUUAAUUUGCAAAAUCACGAUGACGUUUUAUCAGUAAAUUUUGUUGCUUUAAAAAAUGGCCUUGGAAUUGGUUACAUUGCACUUGGCACAAUACUGUUUUUAAGUUGUAAUAAAUUGGGAGAAAAGGAGCCAACUGUAGAUUUUGAGAGUGACUUAACAUACUUGAAUGAUUCAUUCUUUCCUUAUCCUGCAAUCUAUGUUAGAGGAUCUUUGGAACUGUUUGCAAGUUUCCCUAAUUCUAUAGUCACAUCAGAUGAUAAUAGUAUUUUUUUGCAAACUAUAUACGGAUACAUUGAAAAAGUUUCAAGGAAAACACUUAGUUUUUUAGAAGUAAAUUUGAACAAAGAUUUUACAUUUACAUUUUGGUACCAAGUUAAAAAUUCACAAAACCAAAUUAUUAGUUUUAUGUAUGGUAAAGAAAUAAAGAUUUAUCAGCGAACUACUUCUACAAUUAGAGCAAGUGUUGAUAACUUACAAAAAGAUGAUAACAUAAAUCCAUCUUUACAAUGGCAUUACAUUGUUGUUCAGUAUGAGCGAAAGUUUUUAAAGCUUUCGUUUGAAGUGGAUUUUAUUGUUAGUAUUGUUUAUGAUGGAAUUCAAUUUCCACAAAAUUCAAACCUGACAAUUGUUUUGGAAAAUAGCAUAUUCUGUUUUCAAAUGUACAAAGAAAUAUUGUUUCAUUCUGCAUUAAAAGCAACAAUGUUAUGUAUGAAUAAGACAGUGGAAAAUGCAUGCACACAACAAACAAGUAGUUGUGAAUGGUGUAAUCCAUUAUAUGGUGAAUGGGAAUUGUAUCCAUGGGAAUACAUUUUUGAUAAAAAUGGUGAUUGUCUUCAAGAUUUAGAUGAUUUCAACAAAACUUUAUACCAAUCUUUUAAUAGCAUUAUUAAUGGAAGUUUUGUGGCUGACAACUCUGAUGGUUAUGAAGUUAAGUUAUCAGCAGAAGUUAAACCUGUCUUGGGUUUUAUUAAUAAUGGGUUGUCAACUGAGUCUAACUAUGUUGUUGUUGCUAAUCAAGAUGUUUCUAAUUAUUUAAGUAAAAGUUCUUAUAUGUUUUCAGCUUGGGUCAAGCACACCUGUGAAAUUGAAAAUCAAUACCAGCCAAUUAUAAGUACUUCACUUGUUGUGUUGCUUUGUGGUGUUAUAGAUAUAAAUGUUCUUUCUGUUAAACCAACUUUAGUUUUUCAUGAUAAUUGUUUGUAUCCAUUACCUGGAAAGUCUGGUUUAUGGUACAACUUUGCAUUUGUUUAUAAUGAAACUAUAUCAGUUUACAUUGAUGGGAAACCUGUUUUAAAAACAAAGUGCUUAGACAGUACUUUGCCAUUUAAAGAUAUUGCACAAAACAAUGAUAUACGUGUGUGGAGUGUUAGUUCGAAUGCUACUUUGGUAGAUGAAGUAUUUAUUGGAGAUGUUGCUCCUGAAACUUUAUUCUGGAGGCAGUUAACAGGUAAUAUGAAUUUAAAAAAAACUAAGCAAAUGACAAAGCCUUCUCGGUUUCACUUAACCUCGCAAGAAACUUGGGUUUAUGAGACAAGUUUCAAUGGUAGCUAUCUGUAUGAAAGAGUUAUUGCAAUUUUAGAGCCUCAGAUAACAGAACUGCUUCGCUCAUCAAUCAGAGAGUUUUUAUUAGGUGAAGUUACAUCAAUGCAACUGAUUCAGAACCGAAAAGUUAUUUGUGAUUUGGAUAUUUAUCUUGCUGUUCAAAGUAAAGAGGUUUUUCAAAAGAUUGCAGAAACUUUAAAUAAAUUCAUUAGGAUUUUCCUAGCAUUACAAACAAUAACAUUUCCAGAAAAUUCACUAAUUGCUCCAGUUUAUCCUGAUGAUUUGCUUGUUGAUCCAACAAAUUCUGACAAAUUACUUGAAUAUUACUCAACAUUAGCAACUUAUGAAGUACUUCUUCAAAGUAAAACAUUUGUUGUGAUUUCAUUAAACCUUUUUGAAGAUGUAAGAUAUCCUAUCAGUACAGCUUUUAUUCAAUGGAAUCAAAAAGAUGGAUCUGACACAAACCAAAUUUGGUCUAAUCAAACAAAUUUUAUUAUAAUCAGUCCUUUAAAAGUUUUUACUGAAUAUUAUAUUUGUUUUGCGUUUACAACAAUCAGAAGGAAAAUGAGUUUGUGCAAAACACAAAAUAAAUCAUUUUGGACUGCAGAAGGAGAACCUGUUCAGUCUCCUAGUUUAAAUUGCUUAGUUAACCAAGCAAAUAAAACUAUGAGAUGCAACAUUGGUAAAAUAAAUGCACAAAAUUGGAAAGGAGUUCAAUAUAGCUACAACUUGGUAUACAGAAUAAAGUUGCCAGAUGAUAAUUGUGAUAACACAGAAAGCAAAUUAAACCAUUAUAUCAUAACAUAUUAUAAUCUUACAACAACAAACCCUGAAAAAUUAAGUGUGAUUUUUGAUACUUCUGAUUAUCAUUUUUUACAACUAUGUAUUACUGCUUAUGGUACAACUCAAGGUGGAAAUGGAAUUGGUGUUGCAAAUUUUAUUGUUAUUAGAACUCAGAGCACUGCACCUGAUAUUGCACCUGGUGGUUUAAUUGCAAGUUUCAACAACUCUGAAAUUAUAUUUGAGUGGCAAUCUCUUGAUAAUGAUACUGAUGUCUGGAAUGAUGUUAAAGCACCAGGUUCUUACCACUUAAGCUAUGGAAUGUUAAAAAGUUCAUUACCAAUUGCAGUUGAUUCUUUUAAUACUAUUAAUGUUAGUAAUAAUCAAUACAUUUUGAAAAAGGCAACCCGAUGUCAUGUUUACAUUGCUUAUGUAAAUGCCUAUUCUGUUGCACUUGGUCCUGCAAGUCCUAAAAUAUGUUUUCUUAGUCCGCUUACAAAACCAGACUGUGUAAAUCCAGUUAUUAAAGCAUAUUAUCUUGUUGACCCAAGAACAGCCAUCUUUCUUCCUGAUAGUUUUGAUCCUACAUAUUUUAGAGGAGUUAAAAAGUCAUGGUUAUUUGAUGUAUAUGUUACAGGAAGUUAUGAUCCUGGACCUAUUGAAUUAACUUAUCGUAAUAUAAUGUUUAAUUUUGAAUUUGCAAUUGAAGACUAUGCUGAAAAAUCUGCAAUAUGUGAUGAUGACAAAUUAUUGAGAUUUCUUAAUCAAACUACUAAUUAUGAAUUAACUCUGAUGGGAUUACAUCCUUAUACAAGUUAUAAAGUUUCAAUUCAACCCUGCAAUGAAUAUGGUUGUGGUAACAUUUCAAAUCCUGUGUUUUUUACAACAUACUCUGACAUACCAAGCUGUUCACCUAACUCACUUUACUUACAAAAUGAACCUGAUGUAGCUGUGGUUGUAUCAUGGAAUGCACUAGAUGAUAGUUGUGCUAAUGGAAUUUUAGAAAGCUACACUCUUAAAUGCUCAGGAGAACAAUCAGGCUCCCUGGAAAAUAUUACUUCAGAUCUUUCAGUAAUGUUUUUUAAUUUGCAUAAUUAUGAGAUAAUUUGUUGUCAAGUUGCAGCAGUUAAUAUUAAUGGAACUGGACCUUAUAGUUCUAAUGAAUGCAUUUACACUCCUGAAGCUGAACCUGAUGCUGUUCCAAUGCCACGUAACAUUGAUAUGACAUCUUUUACUGGAAGUUUUACUAUACUGCCUCCUGAUCGUUAUGAGAUGAAUGGUGUAGUUUUAGGCAUUAAAGCAACCAUAAAAAACAUUUCUAUAGCAAACUCAACUUUUGAAACAUCAAGACUACAACAUCGAUCUUUACCAUACUCUGAAGAGUUUGAUUUUUAUUUUAGUCCCAUUGAUUUGUACAGUGGUUCAGUAAAUAUUUUGUUUGAAAAUUUGCUUCCAUCAUUUGUGUAUAAUGUAGAGCUACAAUAUUUUAACUCAAUUGGUUAUGGUCCUUUGAGUGAUACUUAUCAAAUUGUUACAGAAGAAUAUUAUUCAGAGGCACCAAGUUUAAUAUCAUAUUCAAGUGACAAUGUAAGAAUCAUAACAGUUAAUUGGAGCCGUGUUCCUAUUGAAAAGAGUAAUGGAAUAAUAUCUCAAUAUAUAAUUUGUCGUAGUCAGAUAUUAGACAAUAACAUCAUUGGAAAAGAAGUAUGCUUCAACCACACAAAUCCUUUAGUCCUUAUGUUCAACUUAACUGAUUUAGAUCGUGGAAGCACUCACAAUAUUAGUGUUGCUGCAUGCAAUAAAGCAGGAUGCGGAAAGAAGAUCUAUAUUCUUGCAAGUGCUAUGGGAUUCACUGACGGGCAAUGGUUAGAGUGGUCAAAAUGGGGAGCUUGUAGUAAGACGUGUGAUCAAGGUAAGAUGAUAAGAACACGAAUUUGCACACCACAUACUGACGGAGGUUAUGAUUGUUUUGGGAGUAACUUAGAGUUCACACCUUGUCAACUGGCAAGGUGUUCAGGCUUUGUUUUGGGAAGUGAAGGUCAAACAAACUGCACAGCUGUAUGUUCUCGUAACAAUUAUAUAUGUUCGCCUUUUUAUUUAAAACCAUAUAAUGAUACAUCUCUUUUUCUGGAUGCAGUUAUACCAAUUACAUGUAAAAUUAGUUUGGCUAACAAAGUCUACAGAUCUGAUUUAGAUCCUAGUUUUGACAACAGUACAGGCGUUUGUCAUGGUUACAUUAAUAUUCCAGAUGAAGUUCCUUGUGAGAGUGAAAGCACCUUUAAUCAACCAAAGAUGCACAGAUUGUGUAAUUGUAUCAGUCCAGAUGAUUAUGGAUUUACAAAAUGGGCUCAUUGGAGUUUUUGCUCAGAGACUUGUGGAAACACUAGUGUACAAGUCAGAAAGAGGAAUUGUCUAGGAACUUGUACUGGAAACUCGAAAGAAACCCGUGUCUGCGAUGUUCCAUUAUGUCCAGUUGAUGGAGAAUGGGGAAGUUGGGGAAAUUAUUCUGAAUGCAAUACCACUUGUGGGUAUGGCUAUCAAAUUCGAACUAGAGAUUGUAACAAUCCAUCCACAGUUGGAAGUGGUACACCAUGUCAAGGAGUUCAGAAAGAUGAAAAACCAGAGUGCAAUGCAUUUCCUUGCCCAGUUGAUGGUGGUUACUCAAACUGGACUGAAUGGUCAAUAUGCAGUAGACCAUGUGGAGAAGGAGUAAGCAUUAGUCGACGUUACUGCAACAAUCCUGUUCCUGCGCUGAGGGGAAAAGAUUGCAAUGGCAGUGAUAUAAUGAUAAUGCCGUGUUACCUUCAAAAUUGCACAUCUAUUCAAGUGGAUUUGACACUGAGAACACUGGAAACUUGGGACUGGAGAAUGUAUGAUAUUAAUUCAAAAGAAGGUCAGACGUUUGCUCAGCGGUUUAAAGAAUCUAUUUACGAGUACUUCUAUAACAACAGCAUAAAUGGUUUUAAUAGAGUUGAAGUAACCCGGCUAAAAGCUGGGAGUGUUAUUGUAUAUUACACAUUAACAUUUGAUUAUUUGUAUGAUCAAAUGAUUCUCUUCAUUGAUGGAAUCAAUCAAGCAGGAAAAAUAACUAACAUUAGUAUAGAGAGAACCCAGUACUACUCUUCAGAUGAUGUAUCAUGCCCUCCUCCUUACAAUAUAUCAGUUGCAUCUUAUGACAAAAACACUGUGAUGUUAUCAUGGUUGCGAGAUGCUUGUAUUAACAAAACAGACACAUGGUUGUAUGUUUAUUACAAAGACAUUACUUCUGCAAACUCAACAUGGGAAUGGAGAGGUUUAGAUUCAAAUAAAACGUUAGGGUUUCUGCCUGAUCUCAUUACAUCUCAUAAAUAUAAAGCAUACAUGCUUACUGCUUUAAGUAUUGGAAAUGGUUUGCCAAGUACCCUGUUUUAUUUUGAAACAUCAUCUUUUCCACCAGAGCGACCACCUCCUUAUGCAAAUUCAUAUUCUACAGAUCCAACAGAAAUUUAUAUUGAGUGGACAGAUAUUCCAGUGAAAUAUAGUAAUGGUAAAAUACUUGGUUAUAGAAUAAGAUACAAGAUUUACACAAAAAAAGAAACAUACCAAGUAGUUGAAGCUCAAUUUGGUUUUAAUGCUUUCACAAUAAAAAAUUUGAAACCAUAUACACUUUACCUUGUUGAAGUUUAUGGAUAUAAUGCAAAUGGUGAUGGUCCUGUUCAAUACUCUAUGUGUAAAACAAUUGAAGGAGUACCUUCUAUUCCAGUUCCAAAUUUUGUUGUAAAUGAUAUGCAAUCAACGAGUUGGUGGUCUGUAUCUUGGAGACCUAUACCAACAGAGUAUGUCAAUGGAGUUUUACUUGGAUAUCGACUCAUAUAUUAUUUAAGUUAUCGAUCAGGAGUAGAAAUAAGUGGAGAAAAAACUAAAAUUGUUUUAGACUUUGACAUAUACACUCGAUAUUACAAACAAAGAGACCUUCUUAAUUAUGCAAUUUACAGUGUGAGUGUUGCAGGUUUUACUGCUGCUGGUAGUGGCCCUGCCCCUGAAUACCAAGCAAAAACAUGCAAAUGCCCUGAAUUUCUUUUUGCAAACUUGUACAUUAAAAAACCAUUUACUUCAGCUGAUGCUAAUUUGAAUCCAAGCGGAUUUUUUUUAACUUUGUUGCAAGAGAUGGUUGUUAAAUCUUGUGGUUCAUGUCAAGGUUACUCUAAUUCUAAACUUUACUUCAAUCAAUCUAAAUCCGGAGAUGAAACAAUUAAAAGCUCAGAAUUUGAUUUAAAAAACGCUAUAAGCAACGAUGUUGACAUAAGUUUUCCUAUAUACGGAAUGAAUGGACGUGAAGUGGCACCUGACAGCGAGUUUUCUGUGUUGGUAAUGUCACCUGGUAUCGCAAUAGUUGUGCGAAACGAAAAUACAAUAAAUCAAGUUAUAAACAAAAUGUUGUUAGGCGUGUUGAAUGUGUGGCCUGUGCUGCUUAUCAGCUAUGCCAUUGCUUCUAUAUUUGGGAUUGUAAUUUGGUUUACUGAUCAGUUUUCAAAUCCAGAACAGUUUUCCAAAGGAAGUUCACUUCGAGGACCGUUGUCAGGGUUUUGGUUUACAUUCGUCACUAUGACAACAAUUGGAUAUGGCGAUUUGAGUCCACGUUCAGUAUUGUCACGAACGUUUGCAAUGGUUUGGUUUCUUACUGGAUUAAUUUUAAACGGCAUAAUUAUUGCUUUUAUAGUUACAAACUUAACGACUUUGAGUUCUUCCAAGGAUUAUAUGUUAUACAACACAAAGGUUGCAGCAUUAAACAAUUCUUUAGAACUUAAACUGGCUAUUAUAAACAAUGCAGAGGUAUCUCAAGUGCGUUACACAGAUAUUUUAUCGAUGCUUGAAGAUUUACAGAACAAGGUUGUUGAUAUCGUGUACGUUGACACGUUAUCAUUGUUGGGCUAUCAAUCUGUGUUGGACGAAAAAUCCUUAACAAUAAUAUCUCUCGAUAAUAUAAAUACUGGGUACGGUUUUGUCAUGUCUGGAAGCAGUGUGGUUUUAACAAUAGAUAUUGAUAGUUUUAUUGGUUCAAAAAGUAACGAAAUUUCUGCAUUUGCGACAUCAUUAAGAUCAGAAAUUCCAAGUCUUGCUGUCCAAGAUUCAAGCCAAAUUAUUGCAGAUAUUUUUUCUGAAACAUCGCCUGCCUUUCAAAGCUCACUAAUUUACUUGAGCAUCAUGAUUAUUCUGUUUAUUGUUUGUGCUUUUACAUUUGAGUUUAUUAUGCGCAGAAAGAAAAACAAAGUUGGAGUGGAUGCUACAUUCAAACAGCAACUUUUUGAAUUAAAACAGUAUGUUUCUGAUUUUCGAAACGAAUUUGCUAAAGUUACAGAUCAAAUGGUGUGUCAACACGAUGAAGAAAGAGUAAUACUGGCAGAUCUUAAAAGAUUUUAUAAAAACAAAGUUAAGAGAAUUGGUGUCUCCGAAACAGAAAGAUUGGCUGCUAUGAAUGAUAAAUACAGAUUUAAUCCUGUUAUAUUUAAACAGUUCAAAUAAUAUACGCUGUUUUUACGUUUAUUUUUUUUUGCCACAUUAAAAAAACAAAAUGCUUCUACGUUUAUAGCAUAAAAUGCAAUAAAUUAAUUUUUUACAUAUUUUAUUUACUUAGUAAUUUGCUUAUAAUUCUAUAAAAUAAAUUUUAUUUAAAAUGCGUUCAAAUAUUGUUAAUAUUUUAAAGAUUUCAUUCUAUUUAACUUUGCCAAAUAACUUGCACUUUUUUACACGAAAACUAAGUUACUUCAGAAUUAUAAAUUUUGUAUUGUAAAUUUAUUA